AUGCACGGCGACAUCCAAAACGAUAUUAUUAAAAGCCUGCCCUUUACGUUCAGCAAGGUGGAGUUGGCUAGCUGCAAUGGAAGGGGGCAGAAAGGGAAAACGAAACAGACCAACAUUAAUGGUACCCCCGCGCACGUUGUGGACCGUACUCAGGAUGGCCACACCGAUGAGGGCAGCCACACUGAUGAGGGAAGCCAAGCCGAUGAGAGCAGCCAAGCCGAUGAGAGCAGCCACACUGAUGAGAGCAGCCACACUGAUGAGGGCAGCCACACUGAUGAGGGCAGCCACACUGAUGAGAGCAGUGACACAUACGGGAAUAGCCCCCCUGAGGGGACCAACCACCCCAACUAUUACGAAUGUGCGGGGGGAGGAACAGUGAAAGAGAAAAAAAGGAAAAGGAAAGAAGCUAAAAAGGACAGCCGUUUUAACGACCAACGUCAACUGUGCGCGCGAACACGCGGGAGAGACACGACAAGCAAAAUUAAAGGGCGACCCUCGGUGAGCGGAAUGCAGGACACGCAAGGAGUAGGGGAGGGAGGACAUCGCGAGGGAUUGCAUUACUCCCCGGACGCAUUUAACGAAAGGGCAUAUGUGACUGUAGAGAGAAGCAAGCUGAAAAAUUGGGGCGUCCAAAAUUACCUUGACGUGGAUAGGCUAAGCUUGUCCGUUUCGACGAGCAGCAUGGGGGACAAGGCCGCAGGAGAGGAGGAUGAUACUUCUAGCGAUGAGGAGAGUCUCGCAAGACGGGCGAGCGGACAAGGGAAUGACAUUUUCGGCGAGUCCCUUUUUUCCUCCUUCAAUUUGAACUUCGACCCGUUCGGGGGGGUAAGCGAUCAUUUGGGGGAAGGUCUUGGCACACAUCUCGGGGCAGAUCCUGGGGCACAUCUCGGGGCACAUCUCGGGGAAGGCUUCCCCACCGAUGACGCCUCCAACGCAAGAGUGAAGGACGCUCCAAAUCGCACGGACACUGACCAGACAGUAGCCACCCCCCUUCUUGAGGUAGACAAAACCCACUCGCUGGAAGAAGACAAAGAAAUGCAUCUAUUCGAUUCACUAAAAAAUUUUUACACAAAAAACAACAAAAAAAUUAAGCUCAUUAAUUAUAGUAAGAUUUUAAAUACAAGUCUGUGCAAACGUGUGCAUAAUGCUUUGGAGGGUCAACAGGACAAGGUACUGGAGACAAGCAACGGAGGGAAGGGCAGGAAGGGCAGCGAUGGCAGGGAUGGCGGGGAUGGCAGGAAGGACACACGUAGCAGGGAUGGCGGAAAGGACACACGUAGCAGGGGGGACGACCCCUCGCUCGGCCAAAAGAUGACAGAGCACAAUGUAAAGGCGAUUAUUAUGAAUAUAAAAAAAAGGCUUGGUUUUUACUCGGGGGAGGAGCGGCAGGAGACUCGGAAGGGGUCACAGGUGGAGACGCGGGAGGAGAAGCUGCGUCACCAGAAGGGGCGUGAGAAGCGACGUGAAAAGCGGCGUGAGAGGCGACAUGAGAAGCGGCGUGAGAGGCGACAUGAGAAGCGGCGUGACGAGCGGUACCGCGUGGCGCACGGAAACAAACCCACCUUUUGCGACAGCCUAAAUUACUCAAGGGACGAGCCGCUCUCCGAUAGCGUGACAAACGAACUGUGCAGUGGGGAAGAACCCGACUCAGCUGCAGAAGUAGAUGCAGUUGCAGAAGUAGAUGCAGUUGCAGAGGUAGAUGCAGUUGCAAAAGUGGACGCAGAUGGAGCUAGCCAAAGUGCGGAGAAACGGAUUCACAAGGGAGACAGCCAAAAUCUCCUUAAUUACAAAAGCUUCGUUUCAGAUGAUUUUAAUUUAUCAAACGAUAGGGAUGACCUCCUCGAGUCGUCCGCAUCUCGUAACAGCCAUGGGGAUACCCCCCCGUCGUGCAGCGAAGGGUGCGCGAGCACAGACAAUGAAGAGUUGUUCGCGCUGUCUACGUCAUCGGCGCAGUUUAAGCGGAGCUUUCUGCGGGCCGUAGGGCGGGUCUCCAACGAGGUGGGCGGCAAUGAGGUGGUCGGCAGUGAUGGUGGGGGUGAGGAAGGCCAAGCGGGUGAGAAAGGUCAAGCGGAUGGUGGCGCCCACACGGAUGGUGGUAUCCACACGGGUGGUGGUACCCACGACGAUUGCCACCGCGACUACGGCAACCCCAGCAGGGAACCCCCCCAAGGGGACACCCAAACAAACAAACAAAAAGAAAUAAAUUGCCAAAAGGUAUUAAAAAGGGAAGAGUUCCCAACAGGGACGGAUCAGAACUGUUAUAGGAGCGUCCCCUCUUCGGAGGAGAGUCCCCUAAAGGAGUGUAUUCUAAAUGGAGAGGAGGAGAGCCAUUCAAAAUCGGUUUUCUAUAUUAAUGAAGACAUUAAAAAGGAUGAAAUGAAAAAAUUAACAUCAUGUAGAGAGGUGAAGUAUGAUGAGGACGUAGCCACAUGUGCUGGUGAGUUACUCAAGGAUUUUACAACCGAGGGGCAGCAACAGUCUACAUGGAAUGGAAGCAACUCCCAAAGGGGUGAAGAAAACGAAUCUAACAAGUUUGGCAAAACGGAAGGGGUGGAAAUUUUAUCACAAGAAAUGAACACCUAUAUGCUAGACGUUUUCAACAACCAAGUUAAGCAUCUUAAUGAAUUGGUGACAAACGUUUUGUCCUGA